AUGACUGGGUCUAUUGAUGCUCACAACCUAGCUCAUGGUGACGAGAAGGUCGCCAUGCAGCAUAGGGAAGACAUUCGCCCAAUCGACGGCGAUCUUAGCUCAAAUGAAGCUCAACUUCACGAGUCCGAACAGGAUAUCCCCAUGACCUUUCGUCGAUUUAUGGGAUUCGCGGCAAUGGCAUUCCUGUGGACUGGUAGUCAAAUUCCUGUUUACCUGUUCGGCGGUAUACCUCCAUACAUUUAUGGCUCAAUUGGUGGUGCAGAUCGCUGGAUUUGGUUUGUUCUUGCGAACUUGCUCGCCCUAGCAGGCGUAUGUCCUUUCGUCGGGUCCCUGUCAGAUUUGAUCGGUCGCCGUUAUGUUGCGAUUAUUGGUGCCUCGCUCGUCUGCCUAGGCAUGAUUGUCAGCAGCACUGCAAACAAUAUGAACAUUUUUAUUGCCGGAAUGGCCAUCGCCGGUGCUGGAGCUGGUAUCAAUGAGCUCACUGCAUUGGCCGCGACUUCAGAAAUGGCGCCUACUCGUAAGCGCGGUGUCUAUGUUGCGGUGCUGAUUUUCACGAUCCUACCCUUCUGUCCAUCGGUUCUCUGGGCCCAACUCAUUGCCGCUCACUCCAACUGGCGCUAUGUCGGCGCAUUUUGCGGUGCAUGGAGCGGCUUUGGUCUUCUCAUCACUGUUCUCUUCUACAAGCCUCCUCCUCGAGUCAACUCUGAAGGUUUGAGCCGCCGUGAAAUUAUUGGACGCAUCGAUUUUGUUGGUGGAUUCCUCAGCAUCGUUGGUCUCAUCUUGUUCAUGGCCGGUAUGCAGUGGGGUGGUUACAUGUAUUCUUGGGGUUCCGCUCAUGUACUCGCUCCUCUGAUUCUUGGCUUCCUGAUGCUGGUCGCCUUUGGCUUCUGGGAAGUCUACGGUGCCAAGUACCCCAUCUUCCCGACACGUCUGAAGCAGGAGCCUCGUACCCUCGGCCUCACGCUCGUCAUCACAUUUAUCUCGGGUGCCAAUUUCUUCUCAGUCAUCAUGUUCUGGCCUACCGAAUCCUUCAACGUCUAUGGACAUGAUCCCAUCGGUGUCGGUGUUCGUAGUCUUCCGGUCGGGUUCGGUAUCUUAGCUGGUGCUUGCAUUGUGCUUGUGCUUCUCAGUGUCUUCCGAGGACACAAUAAGGAGCUCCUCAUCGUGAGCAGUAUUCUCAUGACUGCCGGCUGUGGUGCCCUCGCAAUCGGCCGCGUCGAUAAUAUCAACCAGAUGUGGGGUCUUCUCACUCUUGCCGGUUUGGGUAUUGGCGGAAUUGUUGUACCAGCCUCGAUCAUCACAACAAUCAUUUGCCCUGAUGAUCUCAUCGCUACGAUUUCUGCCCUCACUCUUUCCAUUCGUGUCGUCGGCGGAAGCGUUGGGUACUGCAUCUACUAUAACGUCUUCAUUUCCAAGUUCAUUCCGGCAGCAGAAUACUAUAUCGGAGGAGUGAUGGUCACAGAGUUGAACAUCACGAGUGUUGAGACAAUCACCGAAGUUAUUCAACUUACUGGAGCAUCGCUGUUGACCGAGAUCCAGCAGAUUCCGGGCAUCGCCGGAAACGAAACCGCUUACCAAAUGGUGGUUGGUGCCGGUCAGAUCGCCUAUGCUGAGGCCUAUAAGUGGGUGUACUAUGUCAGCAUUGCUUUUGGUAUUAUUUCGAUCAUUUCUGCGUGUUUCUUGGGUGACAUCACCAAGUACAUGAAUGAUCAUGUGGCUGUUGUGAUGUGA